GUAAACCUUGCAAACAUGGCGACGCUCCGAAGACAGUACGGAGAUUGGAAAUACGACCGAUUUUAACCAAGAAAAUCACCUCCUCUUCGCAUGUUACAAUGUGGUGGGGUUAGCCAGAGCCGCCGCAACUUACAGCCUUUUAGACGAUGUUUGCAGAGGCCAGUCUGUCCAUCUGGGGAUGGGGGGGUCUUGGAGUUGUGCUGUUCCUCGUCACUUUUGGACCCUUUGCCAUAUUCUACCUGGCCUUUUAUAUCUUCUGCUUCAUUGGAGGGGGCUUUGCGGUCACUUUGCUUUAUGGAAAGAUUAACUCGGAGAAACACCUGGAAAAGUGCGAGCACUCGUACUUACCACCCACACAAAUUGGUAUACUGAAGACGUUGGAUGAGAUGAAGCUGGAGAUGAAGCCUAUAAAAAUUGACAGAAGACUCACAGGCUCUAGUUUCAUAGAUGAACCACUACAGCAGGUGUGUGUUUGUGUGCCUCUCUUUGUGAUAGGUCUUGUGAUUCCCUGUACAUGUGUUUCAUAGGUAGGGAAGCAUAGAUUACCAGUUUUAUUGUAUGGCAUACAACACAUGGCCAAAGCUCUGUGUCAAUACUAAUUGUAUUCAUUUCUUUAUAAGCACACCUUGCCUCUUUCAUCAUGUCACUACCACAACAAGUGCAUGUUUACAUUUUAUAAGAUGAUUAAUUAAUAAUUUGCAAGCAAUUGGUUGAGUUUUGAUAAGUAUUAUUUUCUAAAUUCAAAAUUUUAUAUUACUUGUAAUGCCUUGAUAGCACGGCCUUUAAAGGAGCUGGGUCUAACUUCAGAAAAUGACACUCAUGAUCAUUAAAGCCUCUUUUCCGCUAGCAUCUACUCAACACUGCUGGACUUUGCUCUACUCAGUUUUGGUUAUUUUCUAUUAAAUUUGAGUACCACCUCAAUGUAGGUAGAGUUGUUACAGCAAGGUGAUCCAAACAUCCUGCGAUGUCAUUUGAUGAUUACACAAAAACGGAAUACAUGAAGAAGAUGUUAUACGUGCUGCUCGGUGUAUGGCUUUUUGUCAGACUUCCUAAAAUUAGAGAGCCAAGGAGGCGGCAUGCAUGUCCAUAUUCCUCAGUGCCAGGUUUGCAAAAAUGGCUGGUUUGAUUCUUGUGAAGGAGUCAUGAAUCAUGCAGUGACGCCACUCCAUUCAGUCUGUUGAUGUCACAUUUUUGGCUCAGCUCAUUACAUUAAUGUCUCCAGCCCUUUAAAAAAAGGGCCUAUAAUUACCUGAGUGAGACUAAGUGUCAAAAAUCAUUAUAAGAAAUUACAUACAAAUUAGCCCAAAGGCAGUUACAGGAAACUGAAAGAAUUGAUGUAGAACACUUUUUUUUAACUUGUGUAACAUUCAGACAUUUACAAUAAAAAGUUUUAGCUAAUGUGGGUUUAAGAGAGGUUUAAUCACUGCCCACCCAGCUAAGAGUGGGCAGUGCACUUGUGAUAAUGGGACAGCAGCUACAGGGAGAAGCUUAGAGAAGGUCCCUGCCUGACAAAUGCUAAUACUCCAGACUUUUUGGAUUCCGGCUCCUUUAAAUCUCUGUCUGACCCAUCAGCUCAGCUGGCCCAGGUCAAUGACUUAAUGGCAUCAAGCCAGAGAGAAGUACUGGCUGUCAAACACUGCAUGACCCAAUAACGUCUGCAUUUCAGGUGUUUUCUUCUGUGAGCUGUGUGUCUUUCUUGUGAUGUAUUGUUUUGUCAGAGCAAAAUUCAUUUUUCCAACAUGCCAAAAGCAGCAAAAUGUGACAUGAUUCAAUUAUAAAAUGACUUAAUUAAAUUAUUUUGUGUACCAGUGUCGUGCUUUGUAAUAGAAACCAUGUUGGUGGUACAUGCUUGCAGAGGCAUUCUUCACAUUAAGCAGAAUGAAGCUCCUCCGGUGUUGUUAAAUGUUUACUUUCUGCCACAGCUUGCAAUGUUUUGUCUUUUUUCCCCUGUCAGUUUUUAUAUAAAAAUCCUUACAUC